AGUAUUAGAUAAAUACUUAUGUUACACCCGUCUCUAUCAGCGCAAGUUUUUAGAUGAGAUGGUGAUCAACAGUUUCUCUUUUCAUUUUGCUCCAUUUUUUAUUUUCUCCAUCUCAUUUUUUCAACCAUAUUCUUUCUUUGUGCGUGGUGAUCUACAUGUUGCUAAGUGUUGCAAUCUACUGCUAUUGCAGCAUAUUGUUUCCAAAUAUUCCAUUAAUUGUUCGAGGGAAUGCUUCUUUGCUUCUCUUACACUUUGGCCCUUUCUGGCCUGUGCCUUUUGGAUGUAUAUAUCCUUUGUUGCUUGUUGAUGGAAUAGCAUAACGUUGCCAUGCUGGAAAUUGGCUAAUUUUUGUUGCAUCAUUUUAUUAUCAGCCAUUUUUAGAAGAUAGCCCAAUGCUGUUGGUCCUAUUACCCGGGCCUUUGGAGAUGUUUUGAUUGCCAAGUUUCUCAUUCAACAAGGCUGAAUGGAUGGCUCCAGAAG